UUAAAACGAGAUUUUCUAUCAUAGCAAGUACUACAGAGCUUAAUUAUUGUGUUGACACCCAAAAUGAAAUCAUUUUAGCAUGUUGCAUACUUCAUAAUUAUUUAAUGGGUGUCAAUCCUGAUGAAAGUCUUAUUGCUGAAGUUGAUGAUGAGGUUUUGCAUUCUCAUCGUGAACGUGUAGCCCCUACUCCAAGAGAAGAUGAUGAGGAUGCUAGGCAAGGAGAUAUUAUAAGAGAUUCUAUAGCAUUAACCAUGUGGCAAAACUAUGUCCAAAUGUGAUAGCUUUUGGAUUUAUUGUUGUCAUGUCGUUUAAGAAUAUGCUAUGUUUCAAUUACUUAGACCUAAAUGUUAUGCAAAUUUCUCUUUUCAUUUUGAUAUUCCCCUCUAUCUUUUGAUAAUUAAUAUUAAUAUUUACACAAUAUUUUACAUGUGUUUUCUGUUCUAUUAAUUAUAGUAUGGGUAAGAUAUCAAAAAAGAAUGGUGGAGAUCCAAGCAAAGAAGUACAAUGGAGUAGUGUUAUGGAUGAUACUUUAGUGGAUGCUUUUUUACAUCAGGUGAUCAUAGGUGGUAGAGUUAAUGGAACUUUUACCUCUAAGGCAUAUGAUGACAUAGUGAAAGAGUUGGUUGAAAAAUUUGACAUGGAGAUUAACAAGGAUAAGGUGAAAAAUCGACAGAAGACACUGAAAAAGAAUUUUCAUGAAUGCUAUGACAUAUUUAAAGAUGGAUUGAGUGGUUUUGGAUGGAAUGAUUCUUUAAAUAUGUGGACAGCUGAACUAGAAGUUUGGGAGCCACUCAUAACGUCUAAACCUGCAGCCAAGAAGUGGAUGACAACACCUAUACCCAACUACUCUAAGAUGACACAACUUUGGGCUAAAGAUAGAGCAAAAGGUGAUCAUGCUGAAACUGCAAAGGAGAAACGUGCUAGGUAUGCUGCAUCGACCACUAUUGAAGAGAUUGAUAAUUUGAUAUCUCAAAAUGAAGUUUCUUUGGAGAACUUUGAAGUGGAAGAUGAUCAGAGGUCACUAGAAAUUAAUGUUGCACGUUCUCAAGUAUCAUCACAAGAUGUAAUGUCUUCUAAAAGCAAGAAAAGAAGACUGGCAGAAGAUGUUGAACUCGGAAAUGUAAUUUCCCAGUCAUUUGAUAAUGUAUCAAAGGCAAUUGAUAGGGCAAUUGAGGUUAUGGCAAAGUGCUUUUCAAAGUCAUAUGAAGCAGAAGUUCAAGCAGCUUUAGGCCUAUUGGACUUAGAUCCAAUAUCAAAGACUGAGACCUACAUAUUUUUGAUGGAAAAUCCAACAUAUAAGGAGAUGUUCUUUGGUUGCCCAAAUCAUGAGCGCAAAUGUGUCUUAUUGACACUAAUGUCUAGGCCUAAAAAUUAA